CAGACACCAUGUGGUUCCAUGAGAACCCUGAAGGGAAUUUUCCAAGAACCAAAAAUGAACCAUAGACGCGAUUUUUUACGUGAAAAUAAAUUAAAUUUACGUGAACUGCAGAAGAAUACAACAAAUAAAUUAAUACAAAAACAACAGGAGCUUGAGAGGAGACAACAGAAAUAUUUACAUAGGCGUUCCGAUUCACAGCAACGAUAUGAGAGUACGGGGCGAACGGAAUAUUCAUCAACCACAGGAAUGACAGUAGCUAGUAAGGGGACUGGUGAUGGGGUCACACAAUGUGGAGGAGGAAGAACUAGUGUGUUGAGAGGAAGACCCGAAGAAGUAAUGAGACAAAAACAGUUAUCAUUUCGACGUUCGUAUAGUCAGCAAAGAGUUGGUGGGCCUCCAACGAAUCCUCAUGAAAGGAAUACAGGUGCGGAUCAUUAUAGGACAGCUAAUAGAAAUUCUAUGCCUCGCAGUGCCAGUGUGGUAUCUGUUGUAUCAAAAGCUGAAUCAUGUGAUAAGGAAAUACAAACAGAGGAUAUUCUUGACGAGGAGUUUCUCUAUAAGGCUUUGAAAAAAUGUAGUUCCACAGAAGUGGAUUAUCGUUUUCGUGAAGAUACCUGCCCCAUAACUGCAACCAAUGUGCAUGCAAAUUCUCAAACCAUCAAUCCUGCUGAUGACAAUAAUCAUCAACCAACACAGGAACACAUUUCCUAUGAUUAUCACAAAAAUACCAAUGAUAAGGAGGAACAACAAAAUCCUUACUACCACUAUUCGCCCCGUUCACAAUAUUCACAAAUGCCCAAUGGUCAUAUGGAAGAUAAAUACAAUGACCACGAAUUUCACGAACAAUUUGAUAACUUACAAAUUAACACACAUCAAACGAGAGAUGAAGAAAUUCAUUCAAGUGCUCGUAGUCGUCAAACAAUGUUUUCAACUGCCAGUAAGAAAAAAUCAAAUGGAAAUUAUAAAUUUGGAAGUCGUGAUGAAAUACGCUUACCCAGAUAUUUGGAAAAAGAGAAACGUGAAAAAGAGGAGGAAAGGCAAAGGGAAAUGUCAAGAGAUCCCAAUUGUCCACUGGGUCAUUAUGCCAUCAGUGAAGAUGAACGUUUGGCAGCAUUAAAUGCAGCUGAGAAAAAAAUGGAAUCCCUUGUCCUUGAAUUAAAUCGUAUGCCAAUGACAACGGAAACAUUGCGAAUACGCCGCCGAAAGGUUGAAAUCGAAAAGGAACUGUUGCAACUAGAAUCAGAUAUACGAAUUUUUUCCAAACCCAAAGUAUAUGUUCCAACAAGUAGUGGUGGACCUUCCCAUGAUGUCUAUUAA